AACCUUUCCCUGCAAGUUUUACACAAUCCUAUAAUAAACUGAUCCCUUGUUAAGUGUUAACUUGUUAACUAUAUCCAAUGAGCCAUCGUACGCGUUUUGUUCUCGCUAUCGUAUGGCUCCUAGUGUUGCUUUCGCGCAGCAUGGAGUCGCAUGGUUGGUUUUUCUCGAGUGGAACAGUCGAAUCUAGUGAUAUUGUUGCUGAAUUCUCCAUGGAGUCAAGAAACAGUAAUAAGGGAAUGGUGUUGGUAGAAAAGGCGAAGAGAAAGGCGGCUUUGCCGAGUUCUUGUUGGCAAAACGCGUAUCAGAAUCUGUUUGCUGGAUGCGCGGAGAUUCUAGCGGGUGAGGAACAACGGUCGAGGUUGGCUUGGCAUCUCAGUGAUUGCUUUCAGAAGGAUAGUGGAAGGCCGCAGUUUCCUUACUGUGAUGUGAAGUAUCCUAUGGUGAAUUGUCUUAAAAAGUUGGAUGAAGAUGCUCAUAGGGUUUUUCUUGAGUUUUAUCUUGAGACCAAUGCCAUAUGUCAUCAGUUACAGAGUGAUGCAUUCAAGAGACAAACGGAAAGAUUGGUGAAUGAACUCAAAAGGUCCGCCGAAUACGCAGAGGACAAGUUAGAAAACAUAGAAGAUCAAGCGAAACGCGUGUUGCAUAGUUCAGACCGUAUUGCUGACUCGUUAUCAUCUAUCGAUGUCCAAACACAACAACUUGCCCAAACAUCAAAGAACGUUGAAGAACGUGUUAGUGUUGUGUUAGAGCGUUCACAGUCGGUUUAUGAGCAGUCGCUGAAAAUAGCAGACUCACAAACGGAGCUGCAAAACGGACAAAUAAAUAUGAAUGCGAGGCUGGAUGAAGGAAUGGCAAUGCUCAAUGAAUCGACGAAUAACUUGGGUGAAGAAAUGAGUAAGUUGAAGAACGAAGCUGUUGAAAUAGAGAAAGGAAUCGCUAAAGUUGGAGACGCGAUGUUUAUGAAGAUGGAUACGUUACAAAGUAAAGCGAAUGAUAUUGAAAACGUAGCGGAAACUUCUUUAGACCGACAAAAACAACUUCUUGAAAGCCAGAGACAAUUUCAUGAGGUUCUUAGAGAAGUGACGGCUUUUCAAUCGCAAGCACUCGAAGAAAGCAGGGGAACUCUGCAACAGUUGAUUUUACUUGGUCAUAGUCAACAACAGGAACUCAUACAAAGGCAAGAACAACUUAAACAAGCUCACGAUCUUCUAGUCGAGAAUUCAAAAACUAUAUUGGCGGCGCAGGUUCGCCUUUUUUUAGUUGAAGAAACUUUUGAGUCAAAGCAAGCAAGCAUGUUUCUAGCUAUUGACAAGCUUUUCACUCUGCACAACGCGAUCUUUCUAGAGUCGCGAGUCGUUAAAGCUUUCCUUGUAUACUCUAUGUUAAUCUUUGUUCUCUACAUGUUUACAAGCACAAAGCAAACCUACAGUAUGAGACCCAAGCUAUAUAUAUGGUUAUGUGUGACAUUCUUAAUCGAAUUUAUGGUGCUUCGAUAUGGAAUUGACGUUGAACGACAAUCGUGGAUCAUCAACAUUGUCAGGUUAACAUUCGGGAUUCUUGCGUCGUGUCAACUUUUGUAUGCCAUUUACACAUACAGAGACUAUGAGACAUUGAACCAUCAUAUGCUACAAUCACUAAUUCAGACAGUUAAUGUAAUGCAAGGAAAUAAACAGAUGUUAUACAAUGAUGAUGAUAGUGAUGUUGACUGGUCUUCAUGGGUUGACUCGGAUUUACCCGAAGAUGAACCGGAAGACCAUGACUAUAUGCUCUCUGAACAAGCCAUGGUGACUUCAAUUUCCACUUCAGGUUCUAGAGAAUAUAAUUUUCGUCAUCGUCACCGAUAGGUUUAGGAUUAUGUUAAUGUUGAGGCAAGAUACAUGUUAAUCUUGAGAUUAUUCAGUUUCAUAUAUAUAUUUGCAUACACAUAGACA